GUGUCUCGUUUCUGCAUAGAAAAUUGUAGCCGUUACGUUUAACUGGAGAUGAAGAUAGUUUUAUUUGUGCUUUUGGGACUACUGCAAGGCUCCCUUGCUUUGAGAGAUGGAACAAAUCAAAUUCAGACGUUUGUCAUUCCUCAUAGCCACAUGGAUGUCGGUUGGGUGUACACGAUCCAGGAGAGCAUGCACGCGUAUGCAGGAAACGUUUAUACGAGUGUCGUAGAGGAACUUUCGAGGGAAAAGCAUCGCAAGUUUAUCGCAGUCGAGCAGGAGUUCUUUCGCCUUUGGUGGGAUACUGUGGCUACAAGUCAACAUAAGAAGCAGGUAAAACAGCUGCUGCAGGAGGGUCGUCUGGAGUUCAUCAUCGGCGGUCAAGUGAUGCACGACGAGGCGGUGACAGAUCUCGACGAUAUCUUACUUCAGUUGACAGAGGGCCAUGGCUUCUUGUAUGAGACAUUUGGAGUCCGACCUCAGUUCUCGUGGCAGGUGGACCCGUUCGGUGCCUCUGCUGCCACGCCUGUCUUGUUUGCUUUGGCAGGAUUUAAUGCUCACCUCAUAUCUCGCAUUGACUACGACCUCAAAGACAGCAUGCAGAGGAACAAGAGGCUGCAGUUUGUGUGGAGAGGUUCUCCUUCACUAAGAGAAAAGGAGGAGAUAUUUACUCACACUAUGGACCAGUAUAGCUACUGCACUCCUUCCCACCUCCCCUUCUCCAACAGGUCUGGGUUUUACUGGAAUGGUGUGGCCCUGUUUCCAGAUCCCCCAAAAGACGGUAUUUACCCGAACAUGAGCCUGCCUGUCACCACGGAUACGCUGGAGCCCUACGCAGAGACGCUGGUGGAAAACAUCAAGCAGAGAGCCCAGUGGUUCAGAACAAACCAUCUGCUCUGGCCUUGGGGCUGCGACAAGCAGUUCUACAACGCGUCAGUGCAGUUUGCGAACAUGGACGUUCUGUUGAACUACAUCAACCAGAACAGCGAAAAAUUCGGAGUGACUGUUCAGUAUGCUACGCUCGGUGAAUACUUCCAGGCAGUCCACCAAUCAAAUCUGUCCUGGGAAGUGCGAGGUAGCGAGGACUUCCUCCCUUACUCCACAGAACCGUUCCAGGCAUGGACAGGGUUCUAUGCCUCUCGGAACAUUCUAAAAGGAGUGGCGAGACGAGCCAGCGCCCUUCUCCAUGCCGCAGAGGCCUUGUUCGUUCGGUACCGGCUCAGCUUCCCGGAUGGACCGGUCCAAAAGGAGUGGGCUUUGGGCAAAUUGAAAGUCCUCCGCUGGGCUGUGUCCGAGGUUCAGCACCACGAUGCCAUCACAGGAACUGAGUCACCCAAGGUGGCUCACAUGUACACGGAGCAUCUGACCCAAGGCAUGAUGGGAGUGGAGGAACUCCUGGCUGCCAUUUUUCUGUUACCACAGCCCUCUAGCCUCUCUGGCACCCUCUAUGGACACAACCCAGACAACUCAGAGUUGGGGAAGGAUUUUGAGCAGAACAUCAUUGCUUAUAACCCCCUCGCUUGGAACAUCACCACUUACAUCAAUGUCACCGUAGAGUUCCCCGUGGCAACAGUUUUCGACGACAAUGGACAGGCUGUUCCUGCACAGAUCCAACCGUCAGCAGAGAUCUCCAGUACGUACGACCUCUUCAUCAUGGUGGAACUGGGCGGACUCCAGUACAGGAAGUACUUAAUAAAGUUCCCACAGUCAGAGUGCCGAAAUUUAACAGUCGGAUCCAUGUGCGGUCUGACCCACCUGGCCAGGGUGGUGCCUUUCGAGAGAAAGAACGUCAGGCAGUGGAAGAAGACAGGCAGAAUGCUCCUACCAGUUAUCAAUGAAUGUUACAAACUGCUCUUUGACCAGGAGACUAACAUGCUGCACAGUAUAAAGGACAGGAAAAGUCACAGGAAAAUCAGAGUUAGUCAGGACUUCUGGGAAUACAAAGCCAAUGGGGACGUUCACGCAGGGCCCAUCUCCGAUAACUACAUCUUCACCGCCAAUGGAUCGGCUGUACCUGCGUACUCUUCUGUCGCCAUGGAGAUCGUUCCUGGAAAGCUUAUCUCUGAAAUCAGACAGCAUUUUUACCGGGAGGAAGAGGAUAAAAACUACACAUACUCUGUGAUAACCAGAGUGCCAGUUGGGUUCAAAGGCAGGUUGCCGUGUCAACGGCUAGAGCAGAGCUAUAGAGUGGGCCCUCUAGUGGUAAACAGAGAGUCCGUGUUCAGGACCAAGACAAGCCUCAGGAACAAUGGGACGCUUUUCACUGACAACAACGGCUACCAGAUGAUGAAGAGGAUGCACAAAACCUUUGUUAACAACACCGUUUCUCGAAACUACUACCCGAUGGUGCGAACGGCUUAUAUUGAAGAUGACUGGAGCAGACUGGUCUUCCUCAGUGAAAGAGCCCACGGUGUGGCCAGUCUCAGUCAAGGAGAGUUAGAGGUGAUGCUUCAUCGGCGGCUGUGGAAUAACCAGGAGUGGGAUCAGGGUUAUAACCUGACUCUAAACGACUCAUCUGUGGUUCGCCCCGUCCUGUGGAUGAUGAUCAGGUCACCAGCAGCCUCAGCCUCUCUGUACCAGAGAGAAGCCCUAGAACUUCAACACAGACCUGUCGUCAUGCCUAUUGACAGGCCGCAAAAGCCGUGGAGAGACAGAACGAGAUGGAACGGGCCCAAAGUACAGCCCGUGGUUUUACCUCAGAACCUUCAUAUACAGAUGCUUAGUGUACCAGGCUGGAGCUACAGCACCAAUCACACACAGCACCUUCAGAACCUGGGCUCAGGUAGGUCUGGCGAGUCACAGACGGAUUUUGACCGGGUUCUUCUCAGAAUAAUGCACUUGUAUGAGGAGGGAGAAGACCCAAUUCUGUCCAAACCCACCACCAUCAACCUGAAGGACCUCCUGCAGGGUUUGGCGGAAGUGAAGGAGGUGAAAGAACGUUCCCUCACGGGAACCUGGGAUAUCUCAGAGCUCCACAGGUGGAGCUGGAGGACCAGUGACGUCGUGGAGAAGAAAGAUGAACCAGAGACUGGUGUGAUUAAGGACUACAGUGUCACUGUGUUGCCUAAGGAGAUCAGGACGCUCUUCAUUAGCUUCAAGUAG